AUGACACUCGCCUCAGACAUCCUCACACUGCUCGGGCACACCACCAACACGCUGAACCAACUAAUGUUGUCCGACACACAGGGGCCGCCGCGCGCGAAGCACUGCACGCUGGCGCUGCGACAGCUCCUCGCCACGGCCGAAGCCGCGGCGAAGCUCGCGGAGGUUGCGCAUGUGGAGGCGUUGACGACGCAGAGCGCGGCGGCGGCCGCGGGAGCCGCGGGCGAAAUGGUGGAGGGCGGCAUGGAGGGAUUGAAGUCAGAGGCGGAGGCGGGCGGGGUGGAGAAAGAGGAUGAGAGGGCAGUAGUGAAAGAGGCUGAGAGGACCGUGUCGCUGCCCGUUCCGCUGCCGCAGACAGAGACGGUGCCGCAGACAGAGACAGAGACGGAGGUGGAUGCGGAGGAGACGGAGAGGCGGAAAACCGAGAUCCAGAACAGGCAGGUGUUAGCAGGAUGGGGUUAUGCGUUUAAGAAGCGUGGAGAUAGUUAG